CAAAACCAAGGAACAUUGUUGCAAGCCUGACAGACUUAAACUUCUCACCAUGAUUCUCUGUUCCAUGGUCAGGCACAUUCCCUCGGCCAGGUAUCACGUGUAAAGCUUCCUCUCUAUUGAUAUUACGUCGAUACUCGCUCAAGCCAUUUCCCUUCAUCAUCCAUCCGCUGCACUAUGGGCUGGCCUGUCUCUUCAUUAAAAUUCCCUCGGCUUUGGGGUCUGAAAAGCCCACCUGCUUCCCCCCGACAACCCUCCCGGUUGGAAAUACUGCCGCCAGAACUUCUGCUGUGCAUUAAAGACUGUCUGGAGAAGCCUGAUAUUGUUUGCUUAAGCUUGUGCAGCCACCAUCUACUUGAUGUUAUUGGCAAACGAUGCCUGUCCCUGACUGAUGGGGACAAUCAACUAAAACCAGCAAUCCUAAUGAGAGUAGACCGUGAUCUGCCACAUCUAUUUUACUGCCCCUACUGCACGAAGCUACAUCGGAUUAAAGACAUCCCACAUCCAACAUUGCGUUCAAAAAAGAUCCGUCGCCCCUGUCCGGAUAUGGGGUUACCAUUCUCACGCGGGCUGUAUAUACCUGAGAAUCUCUGGACGUUCUUAGGCGGCCGGUUUUCACCAAUGCUAUAUGCUUUCCGACACUGUCAUUUAGCGGCCGUGAUGAAGAAUCACUAUCAUGGGUAUCGUCAUACACCGCAGGGCCUUACGGUUAAGUGGUUGUCAUAUAUGGCAGUCGAGAAUUCAGUGCUAGACCGAGCAAUUACUACACUAUUAUCUGUGGAAGGGCGGGUCUGCUCGCUAGAGCAAAAUUGUUCGACACUAGUCCUCCAAACACAGCAGUGGGUACUGUUCCAUGAUACACCUGGGAUCCAAGAUAUAUUCAAAAGGUUGGGCUGGGUGUUCAUUUGUCGCCAUAAAGAAAUGGGAAGCUUGAAUGUCAGCGAAGUUUGCGACGUUUGUUCGACCAUUCCAAGCUGGCAUGCUUAUGAACCUGAGUAUUUAUGCUGUCCAAGAUGUAGAAAUGAGUCCCAAAUUAAAAUCCGGGAUUGUGGAACAGAUGGAACGGCGGUUGUAAUCACAAAGUGGCUGGAUAUGGGUGCUGGCUUGGACAUCAACGAUCCGAAGUGGCAACAAAAGAUAACUUGUGAUAUCUCGGGAUGUGGUUGGGAAACGAAAGGCUCGGGGGAUCUUUCUCGGUUGUUCCGGGAUGCUGCAGACCCUGCACAGCGAGAUAAUACUGAUCCAACAGACCGCAAUCAGGCCUACUUGGUACGGAGACAGCGCCGCCGUCACUUCUUACCUGGAUGUUCCCAAAAUUAGCAGGCCAUUUACGCUCGUCCAAACCUUAGUAUAAUGGGAGAAGUUGCAAUUUCAUGUGAUUUGGUAUCUGGAUUCAGAAAAUAAAGAGCAAACCAUAGCAUAGUCGUAACCGCUUAGCAACACAACCUGGAACUCCCGCUC